UAUAGGAAUGGUGCGAAUGAAGGCGACCGCUAGAAGUUUUGUGUUGUGGCCUGCCUUGGACAGAGAUGUUGAGAGUAUAGUCAAAUCAUGUUUCACGUGUCAGGAACAACAGAAUAAACCUGCAAUUUCAACGCCAACUAAUCCUUGGAUAUACCCGGAAGGUCCUUGGGAACGUGUCCACGCAGACUUUGCGGAGUAUGGAGGAAGACACUACUUAUUGUUAGUAGAUGCGUUUUCAAAGUGGCCAGAGGUCCAUGAAUUACACAAGAAUACUACUGCGUGCCAGACAGUAGAAUGUAUGAGAAGAACAUCGCAACUCAUGGAAUACCAUAUUGUAUGGUAACUGACAAUGGACCUCAAUUCCUAUCAGAGGAGUUUAGUAAAUUCAUGCGCUCAAAUGGCAUCUAUCAACGUACCCCACCAUAUCACCCAUCCAUGAAUGGACAGGCGGAGAGGAUGGUACAGGAAUUAAAGAAGAGCUUGAAGUCUAAACCAUCAGAGCGAACAUGGAGUCACCAAGUGUCAUUGUUCUUACUUUAUUAUCGGACUAUCCCACACGGGACGACUGGAAAGACUCCGGCUGAGUUGCUGAUGAAACGUUCUCUUAGGACGAGACUGAGUCUGUUGAAACCGGAAGCUGGGGGAAAGAUACAAGAUCAUCAAAGAGAAGAAUUUAACCAGGCGACAACCAAUGUAAGAGAAAUGGGUCCAGGAGACACUGUUUCUGUCUGGAAUCCAAGAAGGGAUGGUCGAAGCAAAUGGCUUGCAGGAAUAGUGACACAACGACUGGGACCAAUAUCUUACUUGGUAAAUGUAGAGGGGCACGUAAGAUAUGUGCAUAUUGAUCACUUGAUAACAAGAGAUGCGACCAAUACACAAGUGAUUCUGCCAGAAGAACCGGAUAACUUGCAAGCUACAGUUGUACCAGAUUCAUCAGGACCCGUGUUAGAAGAUCCUACAGAGACUGCAGAUGAGGAGCAUGUCAUAGGAAAUCCACUGAGACUAAAGAUCCAGUCACAGGCAAUGGAGCGACUGAACCGCAGAAGGAAAUCAGUCAAAGGAGAUAUCCAACUCAAGAGAACAGACAGUUACCUCUCAGGUCAGAAAGCAAGUGAAUUCGAAGGGCUUUGUUUGUCUCAAACGACUUGUGCAUUGUGCAUUUCUGCAUCGGCUGAUUGUGCUUGGUGUUAUGAUGAGGAGAUUAACACAAAGUUUCGUUGUCGGCUUGUGUCAUCAUGGCAUGCUGAUACAAGUUGCAGGAAUUUGAGCAAUCCUAAAAGUAAACUGACAGGGAAGGUGAGUUAAUUGCGAGCUGUUUGUU